GGGGCCCGAGGUGGGGGGCGGUCCCGGUGCCGGUCCCCGUUCCUCCGCCACCAGCCCGGCCAUGCCGUUCCCCGCCGCGCUGCUCUUCUUGGCACUGCUGCUGCCGCCGCCGCCGCUCUCCCGCGCCGCCGAGAGCGAAACCGAAACCGGCGCCCGGGAGCUACGGCUGGAAACGAUCGUGCACCCCCCCGAGGGCUGCACGGAGCUGUCGGCGCCGGGGGACACGGUGCACAUCCACUACACGGGCAGCCUGGAGGAUGGCCGUAUCAUCGACUCCUCGCUGAGCCGGGAUCCCCUCCAGGUGGAGCUGGGCAAGCACCAAGUCAUUCCUGGUCUGGAGCAGAGUCUGCUGGACAUGUGUGUGGGGGAGAAGCGCAGAGCCAUCAUCCCCCCUCACUUAGGCUACGGCAAGCGGGGCUCCCCCCCAACCAUCCCAGGUGACGCUGUGCUGCGGUUCGAGGUGGAGCUGGUGGGGUUGUCCCGGGCCAGUUACUGGCAGAAGGUGGUGAACGAGGUGGUGCCACUGCUGUGCCUGGGGCUGGUGCCAGCCCUGCUGGGGCUCAUUGGGUUCCACCUGUACCGCAAGGCCAGCAGCCCCAAGCUCUCCAAGAAAAAGCAGAAGGAGGAGAAGAGGAACAAAGCCAAAAAGAAAUAAAACCUUUCCCUUGGCA